AUGUUAAUCGCGGUGUUUGCGUUCGGGCAGUUCAUAUCCAGUCCGUUCUGGGGCUGGUUAAGCGACCGGAUUGGGCGCAAACCCGUGAUGAUUAUUUCUCUGCUCGGCGCUACCGCAUCAUUUGUACUGCUGGCGCUGGCUGACACGCUGACGAUGCUGUUUAUCUCCCGUAUUGUGGGUGGCCUUAUGACCGGAAUUGCGCCGGUGGCAUUUGCCGUGGCCUCCGAUACAAGUACCGCGCAAAGCCGUGCCGCCGCAAUGGCGAGAAUUGGCGUCGCAUUUUCACUGGGACUUAUCGCCGGACCCAUUUUGGGAGGACUGCUGGCCGGAGACGACCCGGCCACUGCAGAUUACUUCAUGCUGGGUAUGGUUGCAGGCAGUAUUACCACGCUUGCUGCGCUGAUUACGCUGCUGUUUUUCACUGAGACAUUGCCUGCAGACAAGCGCGCCGAGAUGCGUCAACGCCAGAGCGCCAAAUUGCGACCUGUCCGAGAUGUACUGGCUACGCUGAAAAUCCCUGCCCUGCGCCGAAUUACCCUGAUCAAUUUUUGCUUUGCUGGUGCCCUGGGAAUCUUUGACUCCACCUAUGCGCUGUUUGCCAACGCCCGCAUCGGAUCAGGGCCUGAAGAAAUUGGUCUGCUGUUUGCCAUGCUGGGGCUGAUCAAUGCGGUUUUUCAAGGUCUUGCGGUGAGCCGAAUCGUGCCGCUGCUGGGUGAGUGGGGAACGGUGCUCAUAUCGCUUGUGCUUUACGGCAUCGGGCUGGUUUUGCUGGGGUUGGCCGAAAGUCGAGGAUUUUUCAUUGGGGCCACUGUGGUGCUGGCGAUCGCUUUCAGUCUGUUUAUUCCCACCUCCAGCAGUCUUGCUUCCAAAGCUAAUGAGGAUGAUCAGCGCGGCGCGGCUCUUGGUGUCUUUCAAGGCGCGUCGAACCUGGCCAGAAGCAUCACGCCCCUGUUCAGCGGCUACGCCUUCGCCAGGGUGAGCAUUGAAACCCCUUUCCUGCUGGGAUCCAUGUUGCUGGUGUUGCCGGCCUGGAUUGCAUUUCGCCAGGUCCGGCAAAGACGCGUGGAUCAGCCGCUGGUUUGA